CAUCAGGUCGACGCCUUUUCCACACACCGGACACGCGCAAAUAGGGUGCAUUGAUUGUGUGUGGGAUAAAACAGUGCUUGGUAACGUUAGGCGACGACAUGUAUGCGGUGAACUUUAUAUAUUUGUAAGCUCAUGAUAGGCUCUUUAAAGUGCACGAAUGAUGCACUACUCAAACUGGCUUAUUGGGGUGAAAAACCGGGCAAGCAUUCGAAAUGCAUGCAAAACACCACCUUACAUCGAUAGGAAUAGAAGGGCAACGUUAAAUGUUGAUUUCCGAAACAACAAUCCGCGGCCUGAUGGAAAGACAUCCGAGCAAACGGUCACAACCCACCUCUGGAAAAAAGGCUACAAAACAAUCAAGAAAAUUGGGGAAGGCACAUUUUCAGAGGUGUUGAAAACUCAGAGCCUGAAAGAUGGGAAGUUUUACGCAUGUAAAACCAUGAAGCAGAGAAUUAACAGUCUGGAGCACGCCAACAAUCUGCGGGAAGUCCAGGCAAUGAAGAGACUGAGCCCACAUGCAAAUAUCAUCCAGCUACAUGAACUGAUUUUUGACAAAGAAACUGGAACUGUGUCUCUGAUUUGUGAGCUGAUGGAGAUGAACAUCUAUGAGUUCAUACAAGGAAGACAAACGCCGCUGUCUGAUAAUACAGUAAAGAACUACAUGUACCAGCUUUGCAGGUCGCUUGAACACAUGCACAGCUGUGGGAUCUUUCACAGGGAUGUGAAGCCAGAAAACAUUCUCAUCAAACAAAACGGUCUGAAGCUUGGCGACUUCGGCUCAUGUCGCAGCGUGCACUCCAAGCCGCCGCAUACCGAGUACAUCUCCACGCGCUGGUACAGAGCGCCAGAGUGCCUCCUCACCGAUGGCUACUACGGCUUAAAGAUGGACAUGUGGAGUGCUGGCUGUGUCUUCUUUGAGAUCAUGAGUUUGAGUCCUCUCUUCCCGGGAACCAAUGAGUUGGACCAGGUCGCUAAGAUCCACGACGUGUUGGGGACGCCAGAUCUAACGAUCCUCCAAAAGUUAAAGCAUUCCAGAGCGAUGCUUUACAACUUCCCCCCUAAAAAAGGCAGCGGUAUCUCCCGAUUAGUCCCCCACUGCCCGGGUCCAGCUCUGUCCCUGCUCUACCAGAUGCUCGCCUACGACCCCGAUGAACGCAUUACUGCGGAAACAGCAAUGCGGCACACAUACUUCAGGGAAAUCAGGCAAACAGAGAAGAAAGCCGAGACUUUUCACAGGGCAUCUGGGACUAUGAAUGGACUGGAGAGCGUUGAGACGCACAACUCCUUCGACCACAUCUGGCGGCCAGCCAGACCCGGCAAACAGCUGAGGGGAAGACACACGCGGCAAACCCCUUUGAUAUGCCACAACAUGAAACAUGUGGCGGAGCCCGCGACCCGACGCAACGUCCCCCCUCGUCCAACCGAGCUACCCAAACUCAACCUGCUUUUGCCGGGACCACAGAUGUCCUUCCCUGUCUCCGCCACGCCUUCCUUUACCGCCACCCACCGAGGCACUCUGCCAGCCAUCACGUCGAAAAAGUGCCAGCCGCGGUUGGCCGAGCCGUGGGACGACCCACACCGCGCCGCUUUCAAGUCCUUCUACUUACCACCUCUGGACAGGAAACGUGGAGGCUACUGAGAAUCAAAAGCACUUUCAAUAUAUUAUUAAACAUGACCUCCUGAACUGGAUAGAGCCGUACUGUUGAAAACAAAUUGUUGAGAGGACAUUGUUCGGAUGUUGAAAUCUAUGGAGCGACACCAACGUGAUGAGAAAUGCAGCAAAUGACCGCCAUGCCUAUCGUGUUACGACUGCUCACAUCAAACUGUACAAAGCUUGUACAAUUCAGUGUAAAGGACAAUAUGUCGGCUGGAGUGUGUCUAGUUAGGACCUCAGUUUAACUCGGCCUAGUCAGGUGUUCCAUGUUUACAACUGUUAAGAAAUAUACUUUAAUCUGAGCCUUUUAAACACUCUAAGCAAUAACACCCAGGGAUUGGUGAAGGGACGAGUGGAGAAACAGAUUGAUUCCCACACUAAGUAGCUAGUGUUGUAUCCAUUAUAAGUUUAAGUUCUAUUGCUGUGUAGCUUUUGUCGAGCACCACGUGGUGAAUGAAUGCUGGGGCUCAAAAACAAAUUGGACAGCAAUAGAAAUUCUUCUACCGGAGCUACUUGGUGUUUGGAUCCACCUGUUUUAAGGCUUUGGACAUUUCUUUGAUCCAUUAACUAUCCUACCAGGCACAGAAUGGAUGUGUCUUUUUUAUUGUUUCUCAGUGAAAAAGUAAGACAUAGCUGAUGAGUAACACGGUCAACUCUCUGGAAAAUAGGGUGCCUUUAAAAAGUUCUCACAUCCCUUAGGACGACUUCAGGUUGUGUUAUUUGACAACUUUAAAUCAUAAAUCGAUGAUGAAUUAAUAUAUAACAAAAGAAAAAUGUUUCACUGAUCAAAAGAAACAAAGGUCUCCAAACGUAAUGACACAUUUAGUUACAUGAGACUGUAAAACAUCAAAGUAUUCGUCUCCUCGCUGCCACAGACCACAUUUAAUAAUAUAAAAAAAAAACAAGGGUGUGGUUUAUUACUUUUUAUAGACACAGUUCACUUGUGAUAUUCUUUCCAAAUGCUGCAAAUUAACUUCUCGUGACAAACGUACUUCAGAUUUAUUCUCCAAACACCGUUAUUAUUAAACAUUGUAUUUGGAGAAUAAUUUAAAGGCACAUUGAACUGUAAUGUAUAUAAAUAACCCAAUGCGGAAACAAAAGUUUUGGAGCGGUCCACAAAUAACUCUGAUCAGUUAUGUAUGCGAUCUGUAUUUUAUAUGGCCUUAAUUUUAGGUUUUUAGGUUUUGUUCAGAAUGUAGCUUAGCCAGUACUUCCAGUUAAAGAAUUUCCGUCUUAAUGUUUAAUUCAGGGCUGUGGGCUCCGUAAACUGGACCGACUCAACAUGAACUUUAUCAUGUUGGUUAUUCCAUUAAAAUAUAAAAAAGUUAAGUGUCCUUUGUAUGAUGUAAUCGUUAAGGUAGUAAAGUGUCAGAGAAAAACAUCUUCAAAAUAUGUAUUUGCUUCACCAACUUCCGGUUGAGUGAAAGUGGUCACGUCUUCAUGGCAGAAAAAGGAAAUGGUUAAAACGCACUUUGCUGCAACAGGUCACGUCACCAUGACGUUGUCAAAAAAUAUGAUUUACAAUCGAGGGUCAUAAUGACACUCAAUUUCACAAAUCAGUGAAAUCAAAUUUCACUGAUUUGAACGUCUUCCAGGUCUUUUCCUCAUCAGAUGAGGUCAUUUCAAAUCUUUUUACCGUUUGUCCAAAUUGCUUAAAUGACAUUUAAUCUUAUAAAUAAAUAUGUCGUCCUGAU